AUGGCAAUCAAAAUUACUAGUAACUUUAAGGAGUGGAAGUUUGUGGAAAUCUGUGAAGAGCUGGGGAAUGGGAGCAGAUUCAUGAGGUUAAGGGUCGAUGUGAACAUUACGGUACCCUUUUGCCAAGGAAUUAAACUCAGGGAUAGGAUGGGGGAAACCCAUUUUGCCUUAUUCCAAUAUGAAAGGCUACCACGAAUGUGUUAUCACUGUGGUAAAGCAGGGCAUACCGAGAAGCACCAGAAUGAACCUGGAUCAUCGGAAAUUGUGUCAUUGGCUUCUGCUCUGACACCUGAACUGGGGCUUAAUCAGGGGCAUCCAUUAUGGGAUUCUAGGUGUGUUGUUAGGCCGAAAAUCAAGGAGAGCCAUCAAAGGGAUACUAAUGUUAAGGACAGAGUCCUAGAUUAUGCCCUUAUAGUUAGUGACCUAUAUGAGGUGGGUCUCACCUCAGACUAUCCAACUACGGCCCAUCUGGAGCUUCUAGAGUCUGUGGAGAAUAUGGGCUAUUCCCUUAAACAUCCAAAAGACCCAACCCAUAUGGAAGACACUUGUUCCUCGGGAAAAGGGUCUUCGUCUUCUGAGCUAAAUGAUGUUGCAAUUAGGGAUUUAAAGCUAGCUAGCACAGGCAAAAGGAAGUGGUCUUGCAAGGCUAAACCCCAUACCCUAGCUACAAAUUGGGUAAUCCAAGAGAUUAAGGUGGGUGGUAAGCGACGGGGCGAAAGGUCAAGGUGCUCAACAAAUUUUGAAAAUGACAAUGUUUCUUGCAAGAAGGUUCAAGUAUCACAAUCUACAUUUCUCAACUCAUCAUCAUCGAUGAUGAUUUUUGAUUAG